UAUAAAUUUGUUUAUGUUUGAUAUUUGUGUUUUUAAAGUACAUUGUUUUUGUUACUAAAUUGAUAUUUAAAUAAAAUUUUGGACUGUAACAAAGAGAAAAGUGUUGAGUAUUAUCGUGUGAGUUUAGGAUGCGGUAAUGUCGCUGGUGACAGAAACUAUAGAUUAUAACAAUCAACCUUUAGCUUGGAGACUGCCACUCAAAAAAUGUAUAGAAAUAAAGAGUGUGGACAUAAUUCCUGGGGAGACUGUAACCAUACAGCUCAACGAUACUCAGUUAACUGGAUUGCCAGAUGUUAAUUACGAAAUCUUACAUAGUGAACCUAGUUAUAAAUCUCAGUGUAAUAAUCCACACAUAGGAAUAGACAAUCAAACGUAUUUACAAGACAUUAGAUCUCUAGAACAAGUUAUUAAUACUAAUACAAGUCCGAAGGUAAUAAAGAAAAACAAACCAAAAAAGAAAGUAAAUAGACUACCAUUUGACGGUACGUUAUAUCAUAGUCAACAAUUAGGUCUGAAAGUUCCUCCGAAGCAACAACUUGGCACGCGGGGGAGGAUAAUACACAGUCAAGCUAGGGAAGUGAUUCAUAAUGUUUUUAAAUUUAUGAAGGAUGAAGCCCAAAACGGUAUAAGGAUACCUAUUUCAAAUUAUAGAGCGAGAGUUUUGAAAGCCACUGGUAUCUCAAAGUGUACAUAUUCUAAAAUUACUACUAGGGAAUUUAAACGGGGAGAACCUCAACCUACAACAAAGAAAAAAAUUAAUGGUGUGAAAGUGGACAAUACUGAGCAAAGCACUGUAGCAGAAAAUGAUAGUAUAUAUAGGCCAAAAAUUAAUAGGGAUGCAUCAACUCCUGAUGGUGUGUACAAUCUAGAGGAUUUGGUAGAAGCAUACAUUUUGGAUACACUAGCAGUGGAAGCCGGAAAUAUACUACAGGCUGGAAGUGCGGACGAAUUUGGAUUGUGUCCAUUUGCGACCUCUAGUAUUAACAAAAUAUUAGUAUCCGGCUCACAAGAAGAAGAAAAAAUACGAAGCAUCACCAUAUUCCUGUAUAUACAAUAUUUGAUUAAAUUUAUGGUGACACCCAUGAAACUUGUUACCAGAAAAUUUGUAGUCUGUGAUAAAUCUGUUGAUGUCAACAACCAUAUACUCAGUUUGUUUUCAGAAAUGGGUUCACAUGGAAGGACGAGACCAUUGCAUAUGAAAGACAAGGCACUAUGCUAUACUAUGGUGUUGGCAGCAAUAGCGAUGGAUUUUGAAGUUGAUGUAGAGCUUUUGUCCAAGGAUAUGAAAAUUGGCAUCAAAAAAGCUAUAGAGGUAGCCAGGAUUCUUGCUUUCAAUGCAAAAGCCAACAACAAACAUGUAGUGCAAUUGAAGCUUCCGUUACCACCUCCGGUUAACUUUACGCCGAAGAAAGGGAGAAGAUGAACAAAUGUUACUAGCUAGAUUUUAAAAUUCAACGAGGAAAGAGAGAAACGUCUAUUCAAUUUUAAGUACAAUAUUGUAAAUUGUUUAUUAUAGUGUAUAUAAAGAAAGAGUCCUGGCUUUGAAAUGAUAAAGCUGAUCAUUUUAAUAAUAAUUUUUAUUUUUUCCCAAA